CGCGGUUCCCGGAGCAGCCAGGAGAGCACUUGCUGGCCUCCCAGAGGUGGGACAGGAACCCGCGCACCCCGCAGCAGCCGCUCUCCCCAGCAACAUGGACCUCCCGACGGGGCUCUCCCGGGCUCUCCUGCUCCUCCUCUUCUUGCACCUGUCCCCGCAGAGGUGUCGUCCCCACCCGCUGGGCAGCCCCAGCAAAACCUCCUCAGAACUUUCUGAGAUACAGCAGCUGCUGGGCCGUCUCCGGAACAAGGUCUCCCAGCUGCAGGCACAGCAGACGACCCUGGAGCCUACCCAGCAAGACGGAGGCACGGCGAAAACCUGGGAGACCCAGGAGACCAGAGAGGCGGCCCCUGCAGGCAGCCCUGUGCCCCUGGAUGAGGCCCGCCAGACCCUGCGGAGACUCCAUGGCCCCAAGCGGAUGCGGGACUCAGGCUGCUUCGGGCGGAGGAUGGACCGGAUUGGCUCCUUCAGCGGCCUGGGCUGCAAUGUGCUCAGGAAACACUAGAGAGCACUAGAAAGAACGCCGGCUGCAGAUAACCGCUCUGGACUCCACAAGGGACGCCUCCCCCGGUCCACGACCCCCGCCCCUUUGGAGCGGCUCCUAUUUAUUUAUUUAUGUAUUUAUUAAUUUUUACUUGAUCCUUUUCUAAAAGACGAUUUAUUAACCAUGGCGCACACAAUUUCCGCAGAGAAAUAAAAUCAACACGACAGCCUUUCUUCGAA